AUGGUGAACGCGUCUAAACCACGGCUAAUGAAUCGCGUUCUCGAUGCCGUAGUGCAUCUGUGCGAGGGGAAAGGAUCCACCGUGAGGGACGUCCUCGACUUCCUCCGGCAAACUUCCAAGAGCACGCCGAGGAACUUGACGGUGCAGGUUCAUCGGGCGCUGAAGCACGCGGUGAAUGCCGGACUCUUGCGACACAGAAGCGGUCGUUACAAGGCGUUGUUCACGUUAAAUCCGGCUCCGAGUAAGCAGCCCGCGAACGAGAAUGACGACGAGAAAUCGGUCGAAGAGACAAACGCGUUCGACGAGCGACAACAACCAUCGAGAGUUAACUCCGAUGACGCAGAAGAAAGCAGAGAGAAGCAGAGAAGGCAGCGUCGCGAGAGAAGACGCAAACGCACCCCCAGCCGUCAGAGGAAACGACGCCGCCACAGCGGGUCCCGGAAACGCGACGGCAACACGUCGAAGCAUAUCGGUGAGAUACGAAAGCCAAAGCACAAAGAAACGGAGGAAAGGGCUCGGUCGCCGCGACACAAGAUUUCCGAGAGCAGGUUCAGAGUAGAUAUCGGAAACGCGUCGAGUUCGUCUAAUCGUAAUAGGAGCAAACCGAGAUCGAGGGAUCGGACCUACUACAGCGAUCUGUCAGAUUCCAGCGACUACGAAGGUAGAAAGGCUAAAGGGAGGAAGAGGACACAGGUGUGUCAAGACUGCAAGCGGCACGAAGGUGGAAAAUCGAGGAAAAGAUCGGCUUCGCGGAACAGAAGCCCGAAGAGGCGACAAUCUCAGCAAUUGCAGUUAAAAAAUUCCCACGAAGACGACAAUAGUAACAAGUUCGAUACCGAUGAUCACAGAAACGACGAAAUUGAACACGAUACAGAGAAUCACGAGUUAGAUAAGAAUGAAAGUGGUAGCACUUUAUGA